AUGCAUGGAUCGCGAUCGCACUAUGAUUAUACCGUGGCAUGGAUCAGCGCGCUGCCGCUGGAGAUGGCCGCUGCGAGACAGAUGUUCGACAAAUUCCACGACAGACUGCCGCAGCCAUUGACCGAUACAAACACGUACACGCUGGGUAAUAUCUGCGGUCACAAUGUGGUUCUGGCAUGUCUUCCGUCCGGUGUCUACGGUACUACUUCGGCUGCUACAGUCGUCGCUCAAAUGCGCUCUACCUUCCCUAGGCUUCAAUAUGGGCUGCUGGUGGGGAUCGGGGGAGGCGCACCCAGCGAAAAAGUUGAUAUACGGCUAGGCGAUGUGGUGGUUAUACAAUAUGACUACGGCAAAACCGUGGCUGGUGGGCGGUUUGAGCAGAGUGGCAUGCUCAACAGGCCUCCUGAAAUACUUCUCACACCGAUGUCGAAGCUACAGGCAGAGCUGCACUGUCAUGAGAACCCAAUAGCUAAUCCACUCCUGGAGCGGUCCGAAGCUAAUGGAGGAAUUGGCUUCGGUUUCCCCUAUCCAGGCCACAGCCACGACCUAUUGUUUGAGUCAACAUAUGCGCAUGUGGGGUCAGAUGAUACAUGCCAGAACUGUGAUGCGCUCCACCUGGUUCCCAGAAAAGCCCGUGCAUCGGACGAGCCCAAGAUUCACUACGGCUUAAUUGCCUCCGCGAACCAGGUUAUGAAGGACGGCCCAACACGCGACAUGCUGACUCGGAACCUCGAUAUUUUAUGCUUCGAGAUGGAAGCAGCUGGGCUGAUGAAUCAUCUUCCCUCAAUUGUGAUUCGUGGCAUUUGCGACUAUUCUGACUCCCACAAACACAAGGAUUGGCAGCCGUAUGCAGCACUAACAGCAGCUGCUUAUGGCCGUUUACUUCUAUCAGUCGUUCCUGUUCCAUAUUCUGGGAAGAAUGAUCAAUUCCUCACAAUGGAGGAAAAGGAGUGUUUAGAAAAGCUUUUCCUGACAGACCCCGGAGAUGACCUAAACGCGCUCAAGCGUAGGAAAGGAGGUCGGGGACGUGUGAAUGGGUUCUGGAAUCACCGGAAAUCAGGCGAUGGCUUGGAAGGAAAGUCGAGCUGCAGGGCGUGA